CAAUUUCAACCAUUCGAAAAAAAACGCGAAUCUCCUGUGUCGAUCAAAAGAAGAGACGUUCCGUUCCGUGUUCCUACAAAAAAUAAAGUAUCGCGUACAGUGCACCAAAAUUCUUCACUCCAACGCUAGACAAAAGCUAGUACAUUCGGUUGUUCCGCGCUUUUUUCGCUACAAGAACCGAGUGAUCCGCCGUGUUCGAUUGCGACCCCCAAAAUUGUUUGUUCUCGCGGCAGACAAAAAAAAAAGGUUUCCCCUCAAAUUCUAACAUAGCGGAGGCCAACACCAUAAUCAGCCACUUCUAAACCUCACUCAAAUCAGUCGUCAAUAGCGAGCGAGAGCGGAAGAAAAAAAGCGAAAAAGUCACCAUCAGAACCUAGUAUCAGGAAAAAGGCAGACCCAUUCGUAGCCACCCAGGUCGGGGAAAGCCAUUUUUUCGCGUUACAGCUUAGUAUUUUUCGUCGACGAGUACGAUCUUCCGGAACAAAAAAUCGCCGCGAUUCGCGUCCUUCCGGUUCAGGGUUUGCUGUGCUGUGUUCCCCCAAGUCGUGGGCCGCCGUGUUUUUCUUUUCCUGGCACACAGGAACGCGCAAACAAAAGUGUGUGCAUCUUCGAGUGGGAUUGUUUUGAUAGAUAUUCCUGCUGCUUCCAGAUCUGCGUCUCGGUCAGACCCGGGCACUCCGAGCAUUGUGCGAAGACAAACCUCCUUCCGAUUGGGAAAGCCUUUUCGAAAAAGUCGAAGGUGGUGCUCUGUCUGUGCGGUAUUUGUACCUUGCAAGGGUGCUGCUGGAUUGCGCAAAAAAAAACGUAUUCAAGCAGCUAAGGGUAUUUUGCAUCAUCAUAACCCCAAGGGCAGCAGCAGAAAGUGUUUACGGUGGUCAGUGGCCAAGUCAAUCAGUCAGUGCGUGUGUGAGUGUGUGUCCGUGGGCCAAUAAUCUCUUUUCUUGAAAGCCCUCCGCCCCGCUAAAUUGUUGUUAGUUUUCGUUUUGUAAGCCAAAGCCAAGCCGAAGGUUUCUGGUUAGCAGCCGGAAGUGGCCGAUACUGCAAGCAGCAGCAAAAAAGCGAUCGUAAUCCGUGUGUAUUCCGUUCGAUACCGUGUCUAUCUGGUGAUUUGGUGAUUAUUUUUUUCUUUCUGUGAGUGUGUUUCCAUCUUGGGGUCAGAUUCUUGGAUCAAGUCGUGCUAAUUUUUUUUGGAGGACGGAAAAAUUGGGAGGAAUUCGGUGCAAAGAAGGGAAGUUAACAGCAACGCAGCAGGUUGUUCUCCGGGGAAAACGAGCGGCCCGUUGUCUUGGAAGUAGAUGAAGGAUCCAUCUACCUUUCAAGCCAACGUUUGUUCAGCAGCCACCGGAAAUCGCAGCUUCGCCUCUGGUACAGCCACUAUCAACCGCGCCCAACUGCCUCUGCCGGUCCGUGCUCACUCUGCAAAAGCAGCAGCAGCAGCAGGGAGGCUAACUGUCCGAAGAAGCGCCGCUAAAAGCUGCAACAGCAAGCUCCCAAACUGCUUCCGGCGGCAGCAGCAGAUCCAAGGCCAAGCCCAAGCGCCCCGAGACAAAGUGUCCGUGGACGGCAAAACGCGCCGCCGCCAGCCUUCUUCGCCUCCCAGUAGCACCAUCCGAAAACGACAACGCCGCCGAAGAAGAUGUCCCGAAAUAAAGACAAGUACGAUAACAACAACCCGAGGCGGCAGCAGACUUUUCUCACGGCCGAGGACAUCGCGGCUGGCAAGAAGACCUGCUGGCACGGCGUCGAGAUAACCGGCAGUGUGCGCAACCUCAGCCCGACCCUGUGGAAGUUCGAGCAUCUGACGGCACUUUAUCUCAAUGAUAACUGUCUGAUGCGGUUGCCGCACCAGAUCGGCCAGCUGGUAAACCUGCGAACGCUGGACCUUUCCAGCAACAAGCUGCGCAGCCUGCCGGCCGAGCUGGGCGAGCUGAUACAUCUAAGGGAACUUAUGCUCAACAACAACCUGCUGCGUGUGCUUCCGUACGAACUCGGCAAGCUGUUUCACCUGCAAGUGCUCGGUCUGCAUGGGAAUCCGCUGGGCAAGGACGUGAUGUCCAUCUACAACGAGCCGAAUGGAACGAACAAGCUGCUCACAUACAUGCUCGAUAAUCUAUCAGUCACGGUUGCCCCACCACCGCAACGUCCCUGGAUUCCUUUAGCAAGGCCUAAUCGGACCCGAGGAGCAUGCAUAUUCACCGUCAUGUGCUAUAACGUACUAUGUGACAAGUACGCUACCAGACAGAUGUACGGCUACUGUCCAAGUUGGGCGCUGAGUUGGGAGUAUCGGAAAAAGGCAAUCCUGGACGAAAUCCGACACUACUCGGCCGACAUCAUCAAUCUGCAGGAGGUGGAGACGGAUCAGUUCUUCAACUUCUUCAAGCCGGAAUUGAAAAACGACGGCUACGAGGGAAUUUUCUCGCCAAAGUCCCGCGCCAAGACGAUGUCCGAGUCGGAUCGGAAGUACGUCGACGGGUGCGCCAUCUUCUUCCGUUCCUCCAAAUUCUCCCUGAUCAAGGAAACCCUAGUUGAGUUCAACCAACUGGCGAUGGCCAACUCGGAGGGAUCGGACAAUAUGCUGAACCGGGUGAUGCCGAAGGACAAUAUCGGGCUGGCCGCCCUGCUCAAGGUGAAGGAAUCGGCCUGGGAAGGAUUGCCAGCCAGCGAGCAGGGCAGUAUGGCUCAGCCGAUUCUCGUUUGUACCGCUCACAUCCACUGGGAUCCGGAGUUUUGCGACGUCAAGCUGAUCCAGACGAUGAUGCUGAGCAACGAGCUGAAGACGAUACUGGACGAGGCAAGCCACAGCUUUCGGGCCGGGCAGAAGUUGGACGCCAACAAUGUACAGCUGGUCCUGUGCGGGGAUUUCAACUCGCUGCCGGACUCUGGGGUGAUUGAGUUUCUGAGCGCCGGACGUGUAUCAAUGGACCACCAAGAUUUCAAAGAGCUGGGCUACAAAUCCUGCCUGCAGCGUAUAUCAAAUUGUGAUACACCAAAUGAAUUUACUCAUUCCUUUAAGCUAGCGUCUGCGUACAGUGAAGAUAUAAUGCCAUAUACAAAUUAUACAUUCGAUUUUAAAGGUAUUAUUGAUUAUAUAUUUUACUCGAAGCAAGGCAUGAUCCCGCUGGGUUUGCUCGGGCCGAUUUCGAGCGAUUGGCUGCGGGAAAACAAGGUGGUGGGAUGUCCACACCCGCACAUACCGUCGGAUCAUUUUCCCCUGCUGGUUGAGCUGGAGCUGAUCCACAUGGCCAGUAAUCAACCGCCGAACGGAAUCAUCAAUCGGAGGUAGCAAUAAAACUUACGCCCAAAACUGGAACAACAACAACAACAGCACCACCACCAUCACCACCAACAACAACACACAACAGCCCACAACAAACCACAAACCACAAGAACUACAGUCGCAAAAAACGCAGCUACAGCAAUACAAUGAAUCGUCAUCAUCACUUCUUCCUAGCAGAAACAGAAAAAAAAAUAAUUAAAAAUUGUAGCAGCGAAAAAUGUUAAAUGUAGUAGUGCAAAACCUUUCGUAACGAAGAAAAGGCUUAAAAGUUCUCAGCAGCCACCCCCUAUCAUCAUCAUCAUUAUAAAGUAUCCAUAAAAAAAUAUCAUCGCCCCGUUCUGGCAGUGUCAGAAGAAGCAGGAGCUGCCAAACCCUCACCAAAUGGAUAGUAAUACGAAUUUGACCUUGACGACAUAGACUAAAACAACGACUAGUAAUAGUAAAAGUAGUAGCGGCCGGCAUCAUCAUUCAGAAGUGGGUAAAUGUGAAUCACCAGCAAACACCAGAGACCCGCCCCCAAUUGCUGCUUCAUAUGGUAGUGUUCAUCCUUACCAAAUCCCUGUCUUCUUUUUAAUCGCGAAUGAAAAGGCAUUACUACUACUUAAAGCAGGUGUAGUAGGAACCAGAGCGUUCACCACCAAUAUAGUGCAAACAAAGGAAAAAAAACAAAACGGAAAGAAUGUGUAAUUAUGAUGUGACCCAAAUCUUUCUCCCAAAAAAUGAAAAAAAAUCCUACAUACUCCCCCGCAGGCAAAGAAUACGCCAAACAAAUGAUGCGGAAACGGAAGCAACAACAAGUAAACCAAACAAAACCUAGAGGAACCGAUAAACCCCUUUUAGGAUUUUAUAACAAUCCAGACUCCCACCCACAUUUAUAAGAAACAACAUCAACAAAAUACCAAGGUAUAAUGCCCAUCUAGAUCCAAUCACCCGAGAUCAGUUUGAAUCUCAACCAAUUCUGCAAGUAGAGCGUCAACACAAAACGGAUGUCCCGAUAAGGCUGAGUACGCGCGCAAUCGAUGAAUGGACGAACUAACUAAUAGCAACAACACAAAACACACAUAAACCGCAACACACCACCCACAACAACACACAUUCACACACGUACAAUUUCUAGCGAGUAUGCAAUUGUUUAGGAAACCAAAAAGUGCAACCAAUAAUAAUAAACCAACCCCACUCUUAGUAAAAAAAAACGAAACUCAGACAGCUUAAGUUUCCCAGUUUUAGUAUCAAUUUUUGAAAAAGAAAAAAAUUAAAAAUUGUAUAUCCUUAAUACCUACCUUUGUAGAAAGCUGAAACUGGAAUUUAUUUUUUGUGAUAUUUAUUUUUUACUUAGAACUUUAUAACAAUUAAAAUUGUACCAUUCGUUAGUUUGGAAACCAAUCCUCGGAUUUCAGUUUAGGAAGAAGAUGAACAUAAAAAUGCUAACGAAUAUAUCGAGCUAAAAAUAUUGCAUUCUUGUUCGUACAUUCAAAAAAUACACAUUCAUCGAUUCAAAUCCAUAUGCGAACAAAUUGUUCGAAAAAAAAACGGCGGAACAAUCGCGGCAAAUCGUUAAAUUUGAAACCGAAAUGUCCUCACCUUUAGAAAAUCCAGCUCGUGUCCUCCCCCCUCCACCUGCCUUGAGAAAAAAAUGUCAACCAACCAAUGCAGAUGCAGAUCCGCUUCAUAAAGAAAAAAACAAGAAAAUCCCAUCAGAGUGGCCAGCUUAGGAAUAAAGUUUAUUUUUUUAAAAUACAGAAAAUAUAGAGAUCAUGGAAAAUGAAACCCAACACCUAAACAACAGCUUUGACGUUUUUCGGUCGUCGUGUGUUUAUAAAUAAUUAAAAAAAAAUCACAAUAUACACACACACAGACAGACAGACACACACAUACACAGACAGACACACACACACACAUACACAGACAGACACACACAUACACAACACACACACACAGUGGAAAUCAACAAGCAGAAGCUUUAAGCAUUUUUGUUUUCUCUCUUUAAGUUUAAUGUACUUCUUGUUUGUUCUACGGGAACACCUUUCCCCUUCUUGAGAAAAACAAAAAAAAAUUACCGAAUCCAACCUCUCAAAAUAUGUGAUGAAAUUUUUCUAUCGAUUAUCUGACUUUCGAUCCCGAAACUACAACUCAUAAUCCAUGUCAACUCUCGUCUCUCGCAAAAAACGGGGAAUACCUUUGAAGAAAAAAAACGAACAAAUUAUAAUUUACAACCAUUGUCAACACACACUCAUAUAGAAAAAAUAUCCAAACUCCGAGGAGAUUCAUAGUACGUAAAUCGUUUGUAAACGGAGAAAAGUUGUAAAUGUUAAGCAAAUUUUAAAUUCCCUCCUUCAAGUCCUCUCUCCCUAAAAAACGAUUCCAUAAUUUUUAAGGAGAUAAUCUUAAACCUCUUUAGAAGAGGAAGAAAAUUUAAUACAGGAAUGUAAAAAAAACACUACAAACAAGUAAAUACAAAAGAGUUUCUAUAUUUGUACGCACCCUUCUAAUCAAACUAAUAAGUCAAAGUUUUUUUUUUCAUCAAAAAUUUUCAUCUUUGAUGCUGCAAAAGUUCAAACAUUUUGAAAAGAGAAACAAUGAGUAUAGAUAAAUUUUAAAGAAAAUAAUAUAUACUUUGUCUGAAUGCAACUUAAAGACGUUUCUAUGAAAAUUUGGCGUGUUGGCAUGUUUUUGGGAACUCAAAUCCAUUUUUAACGGACGUGUCAACUGAUUUCAGAAUUAAGAUUUAAAUCUCUUCCGUUUCCCCUUUUCUUCACAUACAUACAACCAUACAUGAAUUGUUUAGAAAAAACUUAAC